AUGAGUGAGCCUGAAAGGUAUCCGCCGCCUAAUUUGGACUGUCCAUCCCGAGGGCCAGUGCUAAGACCUCCAACAUUUCAGACACCUCAACGUGGGAAGUUCGAAGCAGCAACAGACUGGAGUUGGACACCUCAACCCGGUAAGUUCCAGCCAGCCCGAGACUGGACUUGGACACCUCAGCCAGAAAAAUGCCACGCAGAAAAUGACCGGACACUUCAGGCUAAUCAGUUCCAGGCUGCACGAGACUGGAGCUGGAACCAGCCUCCACCUCCUGGCCCAUGGGGCCGGAACUCAGAACCUUGGAACAGAUAUGGUCCUCGUCACCCUGACGCGGGACAGAACCGCUUUCCCGGACCACACCAUCACCAAGGGUAUCGACACGGAAGACAAGACCAGGGACCAAACAAGUGGGGCAAAAAGCAGAAGAAACAAAAAGAGCCAGUGUACACUCAUUAUUGUGACACAUGUGACAGAGGAUUCAAAAACCAAGAGAAGUAUGAUGAACAUAUUUCACAACAUGUUAAGUGUUCUGUGGAUGACUGCACUUUUACAGCACAUGCAAAGCUGGUGAAGAUCCACUGGACAAACAAUCAUGCUCCUGGAGCCAAACGGAUCAAACUGGACACUCCUGAGGAGAUAGCAAAAUGGAGAGAAGAGAGGAGAAGGAACUACCCAACCAUGAGCAACGUGGAAAAGAAGAAGAAGAUCACUGAGGCCAAACAGGCGAGAGGAGAUGUUCUGGAGACCGCACAGUUUGGCCGCAUGAAGCGGCAGGGUCGUGGUCCACAUCGCUGGCGCGGUGGAAAAUUCCAGAAUCACGGCAGGGACAGGCGAGGUGGACAAAGCGGCACACAACAGCUCUCCCCAAAUGGCACAGAGGCAGAGCAACCGCCCCCACUCACACGCCCCCCCUGGGACGGAGAUCCUCUGGGAGCCCUGGCCCACAGUGAUCCAGACUCUGACAAAGACGAGAUGGAUAAAAAGAAACAGAGUGGGGUGACGGUAACCCCCAAAAACCUGUCGUCCGGGUUAAGUUCCCUGGUGUCCAGCUACGGUUCCAUCACAGAGAGCGAGAGUGACAGAGAACCAGACGACGCCCCGAUCUUGAGAGCCGGUAGGGUGUUGGAAGAGAAUCAGACGCUGCUGAAAGCUGAGCCUGCGUUAGCUCAGCACAGCACACCUCAGCAGGGACACAAAGCCAAAGCCGUGGGAGAUGAGCCCCACAAUCAGAAAGCCCAGCCUGGACCUGACAGGGGAGGUUGGGGAGGUCGAAGAGGUCGGGGAGGUCAUGGAGGUCGAGGUCGAGGGGGCAAGAGCGGAACCGGCUUACCUCAACGGCGUCCGACCUUACUGGAGAUGCUCUUGGCUCCAGACAUCAGACAUGAGAGGAACGUCAUCCUUCAGUGUGUACGCUACGUCGUCCGGACUGGCUUCUUUGGUGUGGGUGGAGCGAGUGAGAAUCCGAUGGUGGAUGGAAACAGAUCAGUAAGUGAGGGUACCCUGAGGACACGCGAUGAGUCCAGAGAGCUGGGCACAACAGAGGAGAAUCUCUGUUUGGGCAGACAUGACCAGUCACCAGUGCCAGCAGACCGCAGGACUACCCAGUCGCCGCGGGACAGCCCGCCCCUCGCCUCCGAAAACGGGCAGAAUAAGGACGGGCAGGCUGCCGUGGCAACGGAGCGGACAGACAUCUCGCCGCAGCGACAAAGAGAGCAUGAUCAAGGCGGACAGACCUUUGAUGAACCGAUGGAUACAAACGAGAGGCAGUCAGAGACAGAGUUAGCCCAUGUAGAUGUAGGUGGGAGCACAGAGGAACAGGUGUGCUCUUAUGUUCCCGUAUAUGAUGACGAUAUCUGGGAGGCUCCCUCAUUUACCGGUGCUACCAUGUAG